AGCGAGUGUGCAGACAGGAACCAGCACUCUGAGCUAGGACUCCAGCUUCAAACACCUGCUUGCCAACAUGAGCACCGACAGUGUCGUCAUCGUUUCUGCCGCCCGGACGCCGAUUGGGUCCUUGAACGGUGCUUUGUCUACGGUGCCUCUACAUGACCUGUGUUCAGCAGUGAUCAAGGACGUUCUGAAGCGGGCUGGGGUGAAACCAGAUGAGGUUUCUGAGGUUAUCAUGGGACAUGUCCUAACAGCAGGUCAUGGGCAGAAUCCAACACGUAAAGCCAGUGUUGGAGCAGGUAUCCCCUACCCUGUCCCGGCCUGGAGCUGCCAGAUGGUGUGUGGCUCUGGGCUAAAGGCUGUGUGCCUGGGAGCUCAGUCCAUCCUGACUGGAGAGUCCACUGUGGUGGUGGCAGGAGGCAUGGAGAGUAUGAGCAGGGCUCCUCAUACAGUGCAUAUGAGAGCAGGAGUGAAGAUGGGCGAUGCCUCCCUGCAGGACUCCAUGGUGGCAGACGGCCUGACGGACAUCUUCCACUGCUACCACAUGGGAAUCACGGCUGAGAAUGUUGCAAAGCAGUGGGGUGUCAGUCGGGAGGAACAGGACAGGUUUGCUGUCAAGUCUCAGAGCAGAACAGAAGCUGCACAGAAGGCGAGGUACUUUGAUCAGGAGAUUGUCCCCAUCAUGGUGCCAUCCAGAAAAGGUCCAGUGGAGGUGAAGGUUGAUGAGUUUCCUCGGCAUGGUAGCAACAUGGACAGCAUGUCAAAACUCAAACCCUGCUUCGUCAAGGACAGCAGCGGCACUGUCACCGCAGGAAAUGCUUCAGGUAUAAAUGAUGGAGCAGCAGCAACUGUCCUGAUGAGCCAAUCAGAGGCUGCGCGGCGUGGCAUAAAACCAAUGGCCAGAAUUGUAUCCUGGGCUCAAGCUGGUCUCGACCCUUCUAUCAUGGGAACGGGACCAAUACCAGCCAUUAGGAAAGCGGUUGAGAAAGCAGGCUGGCAGCUGGACCAGGUCGACUUAUUUGAGAUCAAUGAAGCAUUUGCUGCACAGUCAGUUGCUGUGGUCAAAGAGCUUGGCCUGAAUGAAGAAAAGGUAAAUGUGAGCGGUGGUGCCAUUUCUCUGGGCCAUCCUAUUGGCAUGUCUGGCUGCAGAGUGCUGGUGACCUUGCUGCAUGCUCUCCAGAGGACCGGAGGGCGUAAGGGAAUCGCAUCUCUCUGCAUUGGUGGAGGAAUGGGUAUCGCCAUGUGUGUAGAAAGAGUCUGAGACAUGUACCUCUGUGCUGUUUAAUAUAUUGCACUUGAU